CUAUUUGAUAACUUUAUUAAUUGAAAUAUAGCAGUGUUUCUCAAAUUUUAUUUUCCCGCCAAAAAUGACCACCAAGGAACAACGUAUCUGCCAUAUUGUAGAAUGUAUCGAACAAUUCGUAGAUCUAUAUCAACGUGAUAUCAAACAAUAAAAAGUUUCAACAAAUACGUCUAAAACGAUAGAAUUAAUGGAAGAUUACUUUGAAAGCGCGAAAAUAACAAGGGAACGUGAAAAAUUUCUCACAACGGGUUGCUCGAAAUUCGAUACGUUGCUUCAAGGUGGUAUCACUACGCGCGGGAUUACACAAAUUUAUGGAGCAUCCAGUACAGGAAAAACUCAAUUAGCUUUGCAAUUAUGUUUAACUGUACAAUUACCCGUAAGAGAGGGUGGCUUCGCUGCUGGUGCCGUAUAUAUUUGCACUGAAUCUGUUUUCCCAUCAAGACGAUUACAACAAUUGAUACAAACGUUAGAAGCUACUAAGAAACAUGGAAUAAACGGUGACUUGAUAUUCGUGGAACAUGUUUCGACUAUUGAUGAACUUGAAAUAUGUUUACUUCGUAGAAUUCCAAUAUUAAUGUCUGCAUAUAAAAUAGGAUUAAUAGUUGUCGAUUCGAUUGCUGCUCCAUACAGGGUAGAAGAUUGGAAGGAUGAAUCUAACAAUAGGGCAAAGAGCUUAAGAACAAUUGGACAACAAUUACAUACAUUAUGUGAAAACGAUGUUUGCAUAGUUUGUAUCAAUCAGGUAUCAGCAAUUGUUCACGAUAAUGUGCUGAAUGAUAAUUUGAGCGAGCGACCAUCUUUAGGAACGACAUGGUCGAGCAUGAUAACAAGCUCCAUACUGUUCUAUAGAAUAGAUACUCUAAGAUAUGCUUGCAUCAAAUUAUCAUCAAAUUUGCCGGAAAUAACUAUCCGAUUUGAAGUACAAGGAUCUGGAGUUAAAGCGAUAGAACAAAUAAUACAAAAGAAUUUUUAA